GCAGGCGGCGGCCGCGGCGGCGGUGGCUGAGCAGCAGCGGCGCGCCCGGCGGCCGACGCUGCUGCCCAGCGGACACGGCCACGGCGCCGAGCUGGCCGGCCUGGCGCCGCGGCUGACCGACGACCGGGCCGUGCUGCACCCGGCCUACCGGAGAUCAUACGGAGAGCGGGAGAUGGGGACCAGCGGAGGAGGUGGCGUAUCGGUGACGGCUCGUGCGCCAGGUGGCGUAUCGGUGACGGACGGCUCCAGCGCUCCUUCCUCGGUACCCGGCGGCGACCCGCGUCUGCCGCUGCACAUCGUCACGGGGGCAGAGGCCUCCCAGCGGGAGUCGCCGUACAACCCGCAGACGGAGGCCAUAUCGCCGACGCUGCCGGCCGACGGGCUGGACGAGUCGCCUCUCCGCUCCACAAAGGACGAGCUGCUCGGCCAGAUCAGCACUAUCGACAGGGAGAUCAUGAAGGCAGAGUCGCAGAUCGCCAAACUCAAACGGAAACAGAGCGAGCUGGAGCAGCACGCGGCGCGGCCGGACGGCUCCGUCUCUGAGGACGAGCGGGAGCCCAAGAUGACCAGCCUGCCGCAGACCAUCUACGCCGACAACCGGAAGCGGGCACGGACAGCAACCGCGGACCUGGAGAAACUGAAACCGGCCCAGGUGAUGCCGGCGGUGGGCGCGGACGGCGCCGAGCGGUGGCGACUGCACGCCGUCCAGCCGCUCUACAACCAGCCGUCGGACGUCGCCGCGUACGCCGCCAACCGUGCCGCAUUCGCCACCUUCAAGCCGCGCCUGGUGGCGUCGAUCCGCCGCCGGCGGCUGGCAGAGAUCGGACGGGACCGUGACACACUGCACACGUAUACCGGACAGCUGCGGCAGUGGCUGCGGCGUAUCCAGCAGCACGAGAUGGUGCCCAAGCACCGGCAGUGCGCCGCGCGCGACCGCGAGUUCUACGAGAAGGUGUUCCCUGAGAUCCGCCGUCUGCGUGAGGAGCGCGAGCGGCUGGCGGCCGGCGGUGGCCGACCGGCCCGGCCCGACGGAGCCGAGCAGGACGACCAGCCGGACGGCGUCCAGCAGAAAAUGACGGAGCGGCAGCGGCUGCUCUCGCUGGCCGUGGUGCCGCCGCCCAUGCUGGACGCCCGCCGGAGGAAACACCGGUUCAUCAACCGCGGCGGCCUCACCAGCGAGGCGCUGCAGCUGCACGACGACCUCUCCAACCUGAACGUCUGGACGGAGGAGGAGCGGCAGACGUUCAACGAGCGCUUCCUGCAGCACCCCAAACAGUUCCACGUCAUCAGCGCCGCCCUGGAGCGUCACUCGACCCGCGAGUGUGUGCGGCACUACUACCUGAGUAAGAAGCAAUUCAAGUACAAGGAGCGUCUGAAGAAGGCGCGCAGUCGCGGCCGGACGCGCGGCCCGGCGCGGCCGCCGCCGGCUCCGCUGGUGAUCGGGGCCGACCUGCCCGGCAUGACUACCCGCGGCGCCCUGCAGCAGCGCGGCCGGACCGGCGGCUCGGCGGCGGCGGGCACAGCCACCAGCACCAGCAGUGCCGUCCCCGCCCCGGCACCCGCCGCGCCCGCCGCCGCUGCUGCUGCCACCGCCGCCCCGGCGGACGGCGGCUCGCAGCCGGAGGGCGGCGACACAGGCACCGACACCAAACCAGCGGCGGUGGGGAGUGGAGAGGAGCCGACCGUCAAGGUGGAGGAACGAGGGGACGCCGCGGAGCCCGCGCCGCCGGCAGUGGCGUGCGCGGUCUGUCAGACGGAGCAGGGCGCCGACACGGCAGACGAGUGGCGCCCGCUGCUGCCCGAGCAUGCUACGCUCUACGGGCUGUCUGAGGACACGCUGCCGGCGGACGCGCGCGUGUGUGCCGUCUGCCGCGGCCGCUCGGCCCGCCGGCGCUACCCGCAGGUCAAGUGUCCGAUCCCGACGUGCCCGACGCCUCGGCAGCGGGUGAAGCGCCUGCGGCCGCUGCCGGCGCGCUGGGCCGACGCCGACGCUUCGCUGCGACAGACCAUCGCCGCCGAGCUGCAGCUGACGCCCGAGGUGAUAAAAUGCUGCACGGCCUGCCGCGGCCGGCUGGCGCGGCGGCUGGCCGGCCGCCCCGAACCGCCCGCCGAGCCGCCCUGGACGGAUGACGAGCUGGAGCGGCUGCGGCAGGCGCUGCGCAGCGGCGGCGCCGACUGGACGGCGGCGGCGGCGGCCGUCGGCUCGCGCCGGCCGGCCCAGUGCCGCCGGCUGUACGCCCAGCGGCGGCCCGAGCUGGGCCUGCAGCGCGCGCUGGCGGAGUACAGACAGGCGGCCGGACUGCACCUGGCGGCUGAGGACCUGACGGACACUGACACUGAGAGCGAGGAAUCGAGCGGAGCAGAGGAGGACGAGAGGCCCGUGCCGACGGCCUCCGAGCGGCGUGGUGACAGCUCGGCCACCGUAUCGGCCGAUGAGGCGUCGGCAGAGCCCGAGGUGAAGGUGGUGGCGGUUGACCGGCCGAGGUCGGCGGCGCUGCAGAACCACGCCGACCCGCCGCCGGCGCCGGCCCGCUCAGCAGCACCGGCCGAGCCGCCGCCUGGACCGGCCGUGUGCGCCAUCUCGCCGCCGCCGACCACCAGUCUCGGACCGCGGCCCUCCAUCGGCGACCUGAUCGACGUCACCAUCAACCGCUCCUUCCGCAACGUGCUGGCGCGCAUGGAGCGAGAGGGCGACUCGCCGACCGCCGGCGGAGACGCCCGAGACUUUACGCUCAACAGUCUGCUGACUGCCGGAGAGCGCCGCGGCCAGCCACCGCCGCAGCCGCAGCCGCAGCCGGUGCAGGACUGCGACAACGUGGCGCAGGACUUGAGCGGCACCCCAAUGGCGGCGAUGGACGGCCUGAUGCGCCCGCCGGCCACCCAUCUCCGCGAGGGCGGCAGCAUCACCCAGGGCACGCCCAUGCAGCCGGAGCCGCGCCGCCGGGACAACCCGACCACGGGCGGCGGCCUGGUGGGGUCGGCCGAGCCGGGCGCGUACACGUCUCGCGCGGGGCCCGGCGCGCCGGCCGGCUACCCGUACCCGGGCGGUCCGCCGCCGGGCGACCACCUCUCCUCGCGGCACGUGCUCAUCACCGAUUACAUCACGUCGCAGCAGAUGCACGGCCGGCGCGACAGCCGCAGCUCGUCGGACGGCGGCGGCGACCCGCGCGCCUCGCCGCGCGAUCUGGCGAUCCGCCCGGGCCCGGGGCCGGGACCGUCCCGUCCGCCGGCGGACUCCUACCAGCGGCUGGCGGCGGCGCCGUAUGCACCGGACAACUUCAGCACUCUGGUGGACGUGGCUGUGGCGCAGAGCAACCUCAUGGCCCAGCAGCAGGCCCAACAGCAAGCCCAGCAUCAGCGGCAGCAGCAGGCCCAGCAAGCUCAGCAGCGCCAAAACUCCAUAAAUAAGGAGAUGGCGGCGCGGGCCGCCGGCCGCGGGCUGGACAAGGCCGGUCUCACCGCCAUGGGGCUGAUAGACACCAUCAUCAACCGCUCGAUGACGCAGGAGUCGUGCGGCGCCGGCGGGCCGCCGCCGCCGGAGCCGCGCGGCUACCCGCCGGUGGGCCGUGGCGGCGGGCCGGCCGCCGGUCGCGACUCGCCGCGCUCGCUGCCGCCGCCCGAGCGGCCCACGUACCCGGCCGCGCCGCCGCCGCCGCCCGACAGCUACGGUUACCGGUACCGCGGCGCGCCGGCGCCGGCGAGCCGAUCGGCGGUCGGCGCGUCGCCGCUCGACUACGUCAAGAACAAGAUCGCCGAGGUGAUGCGCACCUCGGACAAGUCCGGCGAGGACGGCGAGGAGCCGGCGAAGCGGGCGCGCCUGGAGCCGACCGCGCUCUGUCUCACCCGGGGCAGCAACGGCGGCGUGGCCACCCCGCCGCCGCCGGCCGCCCACCGUCCGCGGCCGCCGUCCGAGCGCGCCACGCCCGCCGACGGGUCAGCAAUGUGA